AGUUAUUAAGCGGUAAAAGGGAAAUUGUCGAUGGCAGAUAUCGCCUGGUUGGGUUGUCUAUUUUCCUAGAUGAAAAUGUCAAUGUCAACCAUACAAAGUUCUUUUUCUUUUUAAGGAGGAUAAGUGAUCUUUGUGAACCUCCGCAAGCCCACUUUUUGACACGGUUUACGUGUAGGCCAUGACCGUGAGAGAUAGAGAUGUACCCGAGGAUGUACAAUAAAACCCAAACUUGUUUGAAAUCCGAUUUUUAACAGAGUUAUUUUAAGAAAUUUUCGUCCGACACAGUAUUGUGUUCACCCACUUAAACUUCUAUGCAUCACCGACCACAUAUGGAUGUGUCUGUGUCACCAGGAAUGGAAUGAUGGCCCAAUUAUUUAUUUUUUGAACGCGUGUAUGUACACAGGUUGUAGGUUUCAACUCGCAAAGCUCAGGCUCGGCAAAAAAUAAAAAGGACUCCGAAUCCGCACUACCCCGCCCUCUCCGCAGGCUGCGUCACGCGUGACGUUCCGGCGGGUUAGAACGACAUCGCGGGCCCCUUUUUUUAAAUUGGCCCAGCACCCAACUCCAAAGGUAAGGCCUGCCCGUCCAAUCCAAUAAAAUCAGCUGGUACCCAUAGGACGCAGUCUGUAGCUCGUAGGCGGCUGUGCUGCUCACUCGAAUCUCGUAGACGCGGCGCGCGGUGCUUGGACACCGAAGGCGCAGACACUAGGAUGGCCCUGGUCGUGGUCGCCCUCCUGGUGGCGGUGCUGGUGCUGGCCGUGCAGCGGCUGCUGCGCGCGUACACGCGCUUCCGCAAGAUGGAGUUGGCCAUCCCCGGGCCGCCGUCGCUGCCCGUCCUGGGCAACGCCCUGGACUUCCUUAACGUGACCGAGGAGAACGUGUGGCCCAUCCUGAGGAGGCUGUGGGGCCACCGCUACGAGCUGUCGCGCUUCUCGAUGCUCGGCCGCCUCGUCGUCAUCGUGAGCGACGCGGACCACAUCGAGAAGUUGAUGAAGCGGCGCGACUUGCAGGACAAAUCGCGCGUCUUCUACGAGUUCCUCGAGUACUUCUCGCGCCGCGGCUUGGUCACCCUGAACGGUGCGGAGUGGCGCAGUCACCGCCGUGCCCUGCAGCCCGCCUUCCACCAGGACGUCCUCGACAGGUACAUGGAGGUCUUCACCCAGGAGGCGGCCGCCUUCGUGGGGCGGCUGGCACCCAACCAGGAGCAGAACGUCAUCGACAACCUCCACAACCUCACGUCGCGAGCCUUCGUGCGCACCACGCUGGUGAACGAAUUGGACGAGAAGACCGAGGAGGCCAUCCCCAUGAUCAACUACUUCCUACACGAGUUCGGCCGCUCCGUCAACUCGCGCACCUUCCAGCCCUUGCUGUGGCCCGACACGGUGUUCGGCAUGACUCAGCCCGGCCGCGUGGUGCGCAAACUUAUGACCAAGGUCGACGCCUUCUCCGGCCGCGUCAUCGCGCAGCGGCGCGCAGAGCACGUCCAGCGCAGGGUGGACGGCGCGGACGACGACGAGGACUUCAUCAAGCAGCGCCGCACCCUCAUCGACAUCCUGGUCGACCCCAAGAGCAAGACGUCCGAUGGCAAGCUGUUCGAAAUGAGUGACGGCGAGAUCAUGGACGAGGUGAAAAUCUUCUUGGGCGCGGCCGUGGAGACCACCGUGGCGGCGCUGGGCUGGACUAUCAAGGUGCUGUCCGUGCGGCCCGAGGUGCAGGAGCGCCUGCACGCCGAAGUUGUGGAGCAGCUGGGCGGCAAGGAGGACCUCACCUCGGCUGACAUCAACAAGCUCAAGUACACCGAGCAGGUGAUCAAGGAGACCCUGCGCCUGCUGCCGUCCGUGCCGUUCACGGGCCGCAUCAUCAAGGAAGAGACCGAGUUCGCCGGACACACGCUCCCCGCCGACACGACCGUGGUGCUCAACAUCUUGGGCUGCCACCGCGACCCCAAGCACUGGCCGGACCCCACGCGCUUCGACCCGGACCGCUUCUCGGCCGAGCAGUGCGCCAAGAGGCACCCGUACGCGUUCCUGCCCUUCAGCGCCGGCAUGCGGAACUGCAUCGGCGGCCGCUACGCCAUGAUGGUCAUGAAGACGACGCUGGCCGCCCUGGUGUCUCGCUACCGCGUGGACCCCGUCGCGGACGGCCACACGGAGCCCGUCGACUUCCCCUACACGUUCGACGUGUCCUCCAGGAUGCUGGGCGGCGUGCGCGUCGUCUUCACGCCGCGCGCGAGCCGCGCUGCCUAGUUGCUGCUGUCGCGCCCUUCAUGAGAUGAAAAUGGUCUCAAACGCAUUGCACCGAUUGCCGCCUUUCUCGUAGCUUUGCAUUUUCAGCGUGGUUCCUUAUUUUUCGCUCGCACACGCUAAACGUUUUUGUACAAAUUUUGUACGAGACAUCACAGUUUUUUGGGCACACGAACUUUUCGUAAAAAUUUGUACGAAAUUUUGCACUAAAACAGGGAAUUUCUGCAGAUUUUCGUACGAAAAUUGUACAAAAAGUUCGUGUGCACAAAAAGCUGUGAUGUCUCGUAGAAAAUUGUACAUACCUGUGCACGGACAGUGGCGUCUCGGCGGCACAUACUAAAGAGGAUGAGGAGAUUCGGCGUGUCUAGCCAAACGUCCAGCAACCCCUAAAAACCACACACUAUAGGUUUUGUACACGAGACAUCACAGUUCUUAGUGCGCACGAAAUUUUUGUACAAUUUUCGUACGAAAA